UCUCGGAAUUUUGGCUAGUUUUUGAAGAAAAUGGAGGAUUAUGUCAACAAUCCCGCAAAUAUGCAUGAUUUUAGUUUAAUGAAUACGAAAGCCUUUGCGAACCUAAAAGGCUCUGGCGGUAACAUAUGGGAAGUCUUUGAAGUUUUAGAUGAUGCCCGACGUGCUAUUUUCAGAAAUACCGUCUUUGGCUAUUUUAUUGAUGUCCCUCGUUUACAAGGGGACGCUUUAUUGUUUCAUAAAAUGUUCCUUCAUCAGAUCCGGCCGGACCCUGUUUUAUCUCCAGAUGGAAUAAAACGUUUAUAUUUUCGAGUAGGCAAUACCAAAAUGGUUUAUGGGCCGGAAGAGUUUUGUUUGAUUACCGGCUUCAAUUUUGGGGAGUAUCCAAAAAACAUUGGGAGAAAAGGGUCGGAAAAAUUAAUAAGCAGUAAAAAAAGAUGUUUACUGCGUGAACGGCUAUUUCCGGACCAUACUAAUAGUUCGGUGAAAAUUGGCGACCUGAAAAGUUUAAUUUUAAAUCAAACAUUCCUAGCACUUGACGACCUUGAUGCAGUUAGAGUAUGUUUGAUAUACAUUUUGUGUGAAAGUUUUUUGGGCAAAGAAGUUAACGAUCGGGUGCCACAAGAUUGGUUUUAUUUGGCUGAGAAUUUGGAUCUCUGGAAUAGCUUCGCUUGGGGUAGCUAUCUAUGGGAUUUUACUUAUGUUGACCUUGAGGAUACGUGGAAUAAGAUACAUCAUUAUUUAUCACUUCCUGAGCGUGGUCAAACUUUAAAGUAUUCCGUCUCAGGAUUUACGGCUCCAAUUAGGAUAUGGAUAUAUGAGAUGAUUCCGGCUGUUCGUGCAUGUGGAUUUGCAUUGAGAAAAAAUAAAGACUUGCCUCGGAUGAAAAGAUGGAGCGGAACAAAAAAAUUGAAAUGGGUUGACGUGAACAAGAUUUGGUCAAAGAUGCAGGAGGGGCUACCACCAAGACAAAACAUGUUACCGGGUGAUGGUGAGAUGACAUCUUUUUAUUAUAUGUCAUUUCAAGAGUAUGUAUAUGGUGAAGGGAAAGCAGUUCCAUCCCCAGUACGGGACCAUUUUAGGAGACAAGACGAAUCUUCGUCUAGUAUGUCGUCCAGUGGUCGCUCUCAUGGUAGAGGUCGGGGCAGUGGGAAACACAAGCUAGACGAGUUGUUGAAACGGGUACAUGCGCUGGAGCAGCAUGUGUUUAUGAAUCAACAAAAACCUACAGAGGUUUUUUAUGAAGAAGUGAAUAAUGAACAAUUUUGGAACGACAUUAUUUUUGAGGAACUGACAGUGUCACAAAGAAAUUAUGAUGAACAGUAUUAUCUUUAA